AUGUAUAAAACGUUCGCGAAAGGACAAUUCAGGUCAAUAGUCAGUAUAAUUGGCAAAACUCAGGCCAAAAACAUCAACUUGCAUCUCAGAAACAUGUCUAUCGAUAUCAGCAAGAUUGGCGCUUGGAACAAAGAACUCGAGACUGACUUGAAACAUCAACUUGCAGCCACGGUUCUAAAGAACUAUAACGCGGACGAUGCGCUUUUGGACAAGUCUCGCUUAAUAAAACAAUAUCCACGUGUCUUCAACGUCACUGUUGAUCUGGAUGGUACUCCUGUGACCAAUCAGCGGUCCUCAGGCAGAUGCUGGCUUUUUGCAGCUACCAACGAACUUAGAUUGAACGUGGCUCGCAAGCUGGACUUGAAGGAAUUUGAGCUCUCCCAAGCGUAUUUAUUCUUCUACGACAAGCUGGAGAAGGCAAACUAUUUUCUUGACCAAGUGAUUGACACCUACAAGGAAGAUGUCGACUCGCGUUUGGUACAGUAUUUGCUUAGUGCGCCAACUCAAGAUGGGGGCCAGUAUAGUAUGUUCAUGAACUUGGUGGAAAAAUAUGGUCUUUUGCCCAAGGACUUGUACGGUGACUUGCCAUACUCCACAACAGCCUCUGCCAAGCUCAAUCAGCUUUUGACCACCAAAUUAAGAGGAUUCGCUGAAAUUUUAAGAGAGGAGCUACAAAAGGGUAAUGACAUUUCUUCGUUGAGACUCGAUAUGCAGAAAUCGAUCUUCCAACUUAUGACAAUGUUUUUGGACUUGCCUCCAGUCAAACCGGAUGAAGAAUUUGUGUGGGAAUACGUCGACAAAGAAAAGAAAGUCCAGACCAUAACCACCACUCCGCUCAAAUUCGCAAAGGAGUAUGCAACUUUUGAUGUGUCGAAGCCAGUCUCUUUGAUUAACGAUCCCAGACAUCCUUACGGAGAGCUAAUCAAGAUUGAUCGGUUGGGAAAUGUUCUGGGUGGUAAAGAGGUUGUAUACUUGAAUGUCGACAACGACACACUGACAUCUUUAGUGUUAAAUCGUCUCAAGAAUAACAAACCUGUCUUCUUCGGGUCCCACACUCCAAAAUUUAUGAACAAAAAAUAUGGUGUUAUGGAUGUUGACUUAUGGAAUUACAAAGCAAUUGGCUACGAUAUCAAUAUGUCGAAAGAAGCACGCAUUAAAUACAACGAUAGCUUAAUGACUCACGCUAUGUUAAUUACAGGCUGUCAUGUUGAGAAAAAUGGCGAUAAGGUUUUACGCUACCGUGUAGAGAAUUCUUGGGGAAAAGAUUCUGGUAAGGAUGGUUUAUAUGUCAUGACCCAGAAGUACUUCGAAGAAUAUUCUUUUCAAAUUGUUGUUGACAUUGAUGAGCUCCCCAAGGAAUUGGCCGAAAAAUUGCAGUCAAGUGAUAAGAUUCCAAUAGUGCUCCCAAUAUGGGAUCCCAUGGGUGCUCUAGCAGAUUGA